UUUGGAAUGGGUCGGGAGGACAGCCAGUCGGUGCUCGCCACAGUUUUCCUCUCUUGCGGCACCGUGUACCUGCUCACAGGGUUAUGUGGGGGAGGGCUGUGUUCGGGGAAGCCAGCAGCUUGUGACACAUUCCUCAUAACCGCCGAUGUAUUUAUAGCGGAGGCGUUUUUCGUGCGGGCGCUGUGUGUCUUCCUAGCUGGCACUUGCGAUCGACGUUCCCCCGAUGAUGAGGAGACAUGGGGGAACUGGCAGUACUCCGUGUGGGUGCUAAUCUUCCUUCUGUAUGUAGUCGGCAUCUUCGGUCACAUGGUGUCGACCGCCGACAAUGGUGGACACUUGGUCGCGGGCAAGGGGUACAGGGAGUUCAAGUUGGCUGAUUACUCCUCCUGGAUGCGGCAGCGCGUUAGAGACGAGAGCGUGUGGGAAGGAAUCAAGCAGUGCCUGCUGACGAGGGCAGAGUGCCAGAAACUGUCCCUGCAGAAGCCUGAUCCCAUAACCGGGAUCAUCAACUUGAAGUUCAACGGACUUCAAUCGGGGUGCUGUAAGCCGCCCGAUUCGUGCGGCUUCGCCGUGAUCAACGCCUCCGCGUCGAUCUACGAAAUCCCUGCCAGUGCUUCUUCUUCCUCGUCUCCGCCUUUCGCCGAACGGGAUUGCUCGUAGUUCAGGAAUGGAGAGGAGAAGUGCUUCGACUGCGAUGGCUGUAAGGCUGCGUUCCUGGACAGUCUGAGCAGGAGCUGGCAGAUGAUGUCAACCAUUAACUUUCUUGUGCCUGGGUGUAUAAUCCUCCAGAUUAUAACAGUAUGUUUCGCCUGGAUCAUCUCCAUGUGCUGCUCCAUGUGCGGCGGCUGAAGUUAAGAAGAACCCGAGCCGUAUAGGACUGUGGAGUUGUGUACUUUUGUUUUCUUUUUUGUUCCUUUGCUUUCUUAUUCACAGUGUGGAGUUUUCUUCGCGGCUCCUCUGAGGGGAGGACUUGGCUCAACCACCUGUAUAGCAAUCAACUCAGCGUACCUCAAGUAGACUUAAUAUUAGACUAAUGGAUGGAUCGAUUGAUUGAUUGAUUGGAUGGAUGGAUGGAUGGAUCAGUUCAUAGAUUUAGGUUAAGAAAAGGCCGAAUGGUAUGAGAGAAAGGAGUUAUCUUUUGUAGUUCCGAAGAUAGGAGAGGACUGUACUCAGUACACUGUACGUUUGAUUGAUUGAUUGAUUGAUUUGAUUGAUUGAUUUGAUUGAUUGAUUUGAUCG